AUGUGGUCGACACUCCUCGCGUUUGUUCUCGCUUAUGCCCAGAUCUCCAAUGCCCUUCUCCGCUUUCCAUGCUCGCAGUACACGGUGAUGCGCGCAGACCCGCUCAUCAACCCGGACGCCGUAGGGCAGCAUCUACAUCAGGUCAUUGGCGGAGUGCGUACACCAAUCCUGGGCACACCAUCGCGUUUGACUCACGUCGAGCAUCCUCGCCAUACAGAACAGGAAGUAUAUCCGUCUAACGUCGACGGCAGCUUCGACUUUAACAUGUCGAGCGGGCUCGACCUAGAGCAAGCGUCGACAUGCAGCUCGUGCUCGAUCGUGGAGAAUAAGUCCAACUACUGGACCCCGACCCUGCAUUAUCAAGCGGCCAACGGGAGCUUCAUCCGCGUGCCGCAGGCUGCCGGUCCGCUCACCGGUAGUCCCAACGCCGGCAUGGUGGUCUACUACAUCCAGGUCGGUAGCAACAUCAAGGCGUUCCCGAAGGGCUUCCGCAUGAUAUCUGGCGACCCGUGGCUCCGCGCCUACGAUCCGACUAUCGACGACUCGCGCUCGAUCCUGUUCCGUUGCCUACAGUCCAAUGACGCAUCUGGAACCGGCACCGACACUCACGGGCUUCCGACUACGCCUUGCCCGGGUGGUAUCCGUAGUCAGAUCAACUUCCCGACUUGCUGGGAUGGUAAGAACCUCGACACGCCCAACCAUAAGGACCACGUCCGCUAUGCCAUCAACGCGAGCUUCGGCGACUUCGGCCAAGGCUGCCCUUCGACGCACCCGGUCCAACUCCCGUUACUGUACAUCGAGACCUACUGGGACACCACCGCUUUCAACAGCGGCUGGCAGAACGGUAAGCAGCCCUUCGUGUGGGCCAUGGGCGACCCUACCGGCUAUGGAUACCACGCCGACUACAUGAUGGGCUGGCCCGAGGAUGUCCUCCAGAAGGCGAUGGACCAGUGCACGGACUACGGAGGACAGGUCUCGUCAUGCCCCGUUCUCCACACUCGUGCGGACCAGGACAUGAAUGAUUGCGCCGCGCCUCCUCGCGUCGACGAAGUGUUCGAAGGCUGGACGAAGACUCUCCCUGGUUGCAACCCCGUCCAAUCCGGACCUGCUCGUGCAACGCCGUCGAGCGGCUGCGGCGCGCCCACAACGACCCUGCCGGCGAACCAGGUCAGCUGGUUCAAGAGCGGCAUCGACGGCUGGGAGGCCGUAGGUUGCGCUGCAGAGCCCGCGGGUCAGUCACUUCUUACAGGGGGCACGACGUCGAGCAGCAGCAUGACGAUUGAGUCGUGUCUGAGUACGUGCAAGAGUAAGGGGUUGCGCUUCGCCGGCUUGAAGAACGGCAACACGUGCUCGUGCGGUGGUUCGUUCGACACGAGCAAGUUGUCGACGAACUAUGCGUGCAACAUUGCAUGCAAGGGCGACGGCGGAGAAUUUUGCGGGGCAGCUAACCGCCUUGCUGUGUACAACAGCGGAGCGGUCGUUACCGUGCCCCCUUCUCAGCCCACGACCACUGCGCCCACUGGAACUCAGCCGACAGGAGGGGCUACGGUCGCCAAGUACGGACAGUGCGGCGGGCAAGGUUACACCGGGCCAACGGUUUGCGAGGCGGGGUCUACUUGCAAACAGGCCAGUCCCUACUACUCGCAGUGUUUGUAAAGUGAUGCGUGUAGACGACGAACUCCAGAUAGCUGGGAAUUCACGACACCCAGCUACUAUGCCUCACAUGCUUUUGUAUUAC